GCCGAUCGGUACGUUCAUCUCUAUCAUGUUUCUCAGUCGUUUGUUGUUCCUCCAUUUGACAAGACACGCUUAGAUCUUGUUACUUGGGAGUAACCACUAGCAUUGGUGUUUUGGAUACGAGGUUCGUUCAAGGAAUUUAUAUAGGCCUGUGUCUUUUCUUUCAGAUUGAAUUUUUCCGAUGCAUAGAGGCAGCACAUGUUUGAGCCUUCAUCUCGCUUGUUUGUGGUCCUUAUUCACAUUCUUCGACUCCGCCUGCUUUUCCUAGUUCAUAUGAAUUGAUUCCAAUCAGAUUUGCUCGUGAGGUAAAUUUUCUUUGAUGACACUUCGCUUGCAUGCGGGAUCGAUGAUACCUUUAUCAAACAAUACGUAAUAUUUCUCCACCUAACAGUUUUGUUUGAACUCUUGAAGGUGUUGUUUUCUCUCCCAGAAAGAGAGCAGGAUAUGUGGUUCCGGACUUCUCCAAUGGAGGCCUCUCAAACCAUGACGAACAACUCCCUAAUAGUAGAAAGAUCUGUACCAGUACCCGUCUUGCCAGAAGAAGAGACACCUGGGGGUUCACUUUUCUUAAGUAAACUCGACCAAGCGACUAAUUUUUUCGCAUCAAUUGUUUACUCUUUCGACAGGAGCGAUCCUAACAUGGUAGACGUGAUGAAGCAAACUUUGUCCAAAGUCCUGGUCCAUUACUAUCCGCUUGCAGGGAGAUUAGCUAAAACAUCUCAAUGGAAGUUGACUGUUGAUUGCAACAAGUUAGGGGUACCAUUUCUAGAGGCAUCUGCAAAUUGCAACAUCGAAGAUCUGGGUGAUAUGCGACUUCUGGAUCCAAGUUUUCUGGAAAAGCUUGUUUAUAGAAGUUUCACUGAAAGUACGCUGGAAGUUGCACCUCUUCUAACGGCCCAGGUUACAAAGUUCAGAUGUGGAGGUUUCACUUUAGGAAUCGUAAUCAACCACUGCAUGGUUGAUGGUUACUCGAUGAAGAAUUUCAUGAACUCAUGGGCUGAAAUAGCAAGAGGUAGACCUUCAUCCUUCGUUCCUUGUCACGAUAGAACCAUUCUGAAGUCAAGGGUUCCUCCUCAAAUCACCAGUACUUCAGACUGCUCUAUUCACAUGAGUGAUGUAUCAAACUUGAUGGCGUUAUACGAAGAUGAGCAAAUUGCGUGGAAAUCUUUCCACUUCGACAGGGAGAAAUUGGAAACCCUUAAAAAAAUGGCAACAAGUGAUGGACAGAAAAGCAACAGCUCUAGCUUCAUAGCACUUGCAGCCCUAGUGUGGCGCGCUCGAAGCAUGGCACUCAACAUGAAACCACACCAGCUGUCGAAGCUUCUCUUAUCAGUUAAUUUCAGGUCUAAGCUGAAACCGCCAAUCCCCAGAUACUUCGGAAAUGCUAUUGUCCAAGCUUGCUGUCUCUGCACUGCCGGAGAGCUGAUCGACGAGCCAUUCUCUUCCACCGUGGGGAGAAUAAAGAAGGCGAUUGAGAGGGUGGAUGAGGACUACGUGUGGUCGUGGAUAUACUACUUGCAGACGUAUCAAUUCAACUUUUUCUCGCUGAGCUCGCUACUGUUGACUUCAUGGCAAAGGUUCGAUUAUGACUCCGUGGACUUUGGAUGGGGCAAACUAAGGACCUUAGGCACCGGCGACCUGCCAAGGACAACUUGCGCGUUCAUGCCAGACGGGAGUGAGAGGAAGGGCAUUGUAGUGGUGAUGGGUUUGCCGCUUUCGGCGAUGAACACUUUUGAGAAGCUGCUCCAGUUCUCAACUCGCGAGCCAGAGACACCUUCCAUGAGAUCUCGAGCUCGUCUGUGAUUGGAUUGGAGCGACGCUCGACCCACUAAGUCAUAAUUGUUUUCAUUCGGGUCAACCAACUCUAAUGGUUUAUUGUUUGUCGAAGCUAUUAAUCAUUUGGAUUCUAAGCAAUCUUGUGCCUUUUCAUGUUUCUCCCUCGUCCUCGUGUAAGAUAAAUCACAAUGCAUACGUCGAUAUCCAUCGAAGGAGUAUUUUCUUCCUUUGUGGUACUA